AGUAUUUAUGGUAGAAUGUAUCCAAACAAAAAAAUUAGAAAGAAAAUAUUGCUAAUGUUUCUAGGGACUUGCUAGGUGCACCCAAUACUAUUGCUUGUGCACCUAGCAUUUAAAUUGAAUGGGCAACAAUGCCCUUGGCUUUAAUUUAAAUAAAAAAAGGCGCACCCAGCACAGCACCUUAUGCUUCUUCUUCUUUGUGCUGGUUGGUGUCCUCUCUCCUUUGCGCAUCUUCUGUUUCGGUGGCCAUUUCCACCUGCAUUUGUGUGCUUCUUCUGCACCGUUGAGGUUAGUUUUCGUUUCUUACCCGUUAAUGGCCUUUAAGUUGAUUAUUGUUGUAGGGUAGAUGAUUUAGGUUAGAGGACUUGGGGAUUUUUCGAUUAGGAUUAGGGUUCAUACAUACGGAUGUACUUCAUUCGUAUGUGUUACUGAAUUUGUAACGUUCAUACGGAUGAAGUUCAUUCGUAUGAGUAUAUCCGUAUGAAGAAUUGAAUUUUUUUUUUGAUAAAUUGUAAAUUUUUUUAUAAAUUUAGUUGUAUCUGUUUUUUUUUGUAUUAAAAAUAGGUAUUUUUGUUUUUUUUUUUUUUUAAAUGUAUGAUUGCAUGGUGGUAUGAAAGAAAUUUUAAAGUUUGAUAGUAAAUUAGGUAACAUUUUUGUUUUUGAUGUUUAAUAUAUUUGCAUGAAAAUAAUGAUUAGGGUUAGUGGCUAGGGUUUACUUAAGGGCUUAGGGCUUAUUGUAUUUGGCGUAGGGCUUAGGGGGUAGAGGUUAGGGUUUAUGUUAGUGGUUAGGGUUGAGCGUAGGGUUUAGUUUAGUUGUUAGGGUUUAAUAUUUAUGGUGGUAUGUAGUUAGGGUUUAGUUUAGGGCUUAGGGGGACAUUAGGAUUUCGUGUGGGGCUUAGGUUUUAAUAUGUAUUGUGGUAUGUUAUUGGUAGUUUUAGAAAUGGUAAAUAUGUAUGGGUUAGGGUUUAUUCUAGUGGCUAGGGUUGAGCUUUGGGUUUAGUUUAGUUCUUAGGGUUUAUUUUAAUGGUUAGGGUUGAGCUUAUGGUUUAGUUUAGUUCUUAGGGUUUAAUAUAUAUGGUGGUAUGCUAUUGAGAGUUUUAGAAAUGGUAGAUAUGUAUGGGGUAGGGUCAGUGGUUAGGGUUUAUUCUAGUGUCAAGGGUUGAGUUGUGGGUUUAGUUUAGUUCUUAGGGUUUAUUUUAGUGGCUAGGGUUGAGUAUAUGGUUUAGUUUAGUUGUUAGGGUUUAAUAUAUAUGGUGGUAUGUUAUUGAGUGUUUUAGAAAUGGUAGAUAUGUAUGGGUUAGGGUUAGUGGUUAGGGUUUAGUUUAGUUCUUAGGGUUUAGUUCAAUGGUUAGGGUUGAGCUUAAGGUAGUUUAGUUGUUAGGGUUUAGCUUAUGGUUUAGUUUAGAUGUUAGGGUUUAAUAUAUAUAUGGUUGUAUGUUAUUGGUAGUUUUAGAAAUUAUAGAGAUGUAGUUCUUAAGGUUUAGUGUGAUAGGUUUAGUUUAUUGGCGUAGGUUUUUGUGUAGGGCUUAGGGCGUAGGCGUUAGUGUUUAUGGUGGUUGGAUUAGGGUUUAUAAGCUAUGGCCGAGGACUUAGGGUUAUGUAGGUUUAUUAUUAUUUGAAUAGUCAAUAGUGAAGUUGACAAAAAAAAAAAAAAAUACAUAUGCGUGAUGAUUUGUAGAUCAUGGUUAGAACAAGAGGUUUAGGUCGUGCAUUAGGUAGGGUUAUAGGCAAAGUCCUGGGUAGACAGGAUCAUCAUGAUGCAGAUGAUGUUCCCCAGCGGCGUAGGCCUACUGCAUCCGCUUGUCGACAACGGGAAGUUGCCCCUGUUGCUGAGGAUGUUCUUGAGAUGAUUGAGGACGUACCUGCACCUGGUGCAGAAGUUGGUGAUGGUGCUGAGGUAUCUACUAGUGAUGAUGCUGAGAGAUUCCCAGGUGGGUCAUGUGGCCCAUCAGUGCUGACUUCGUUUGUUGACCAUGUUGCAUUUAGCAUAUGGAAUGGAGAGGUUAAUUAGGCAAGUUUGUGAAGUGCUGAUUUUCAUCCGCUCGCUAAGCCAAUCUUCUGGCUUAGCGAGCCAUCCACUGAGCGUAACACUCCUUUGGCUGAGCACGAGGAAGAAUCUGGAAGAAGGAUGAGUUGUGCAUGUUCGCUGAGCAAGGGCUAAUCCUGAAAAGACGAGCGCUAAGCCGAAAUUCACUUAUGUUCGCUAAGCGAUCUAGAGUUGCGCUAAGCGCGCAAGCACCAACAAGACCACCUAUUUAAGCCUGAAAUCAGAAAUGGAGAGGGAUUUUGGCCAUUUUUCUCAAAGAGCUUUUGCAUGUGAGAGAUUCUAGAGAGAUAAGGGUUCAAAUCCAGAGAGUUUUGAGAGCUUUUGUUGUGAGAAGACUGGCAGAGAACUGAGCGCGAAGAGGAAGUCAUCCUGAGAGCAUGAGAUGAGUCUGUGAGUGAUUGUGAGGUUCUAGAGGUGAAGGAGACAUCUUCACUGCUUGUAUUUCUUCAAUCCUUCAUUUUUCUCUUCUCUUUGUUGUAAAGGAAGCUUCCUAGAUAUGAAGAGCUAAAUCCUCUGUUGAUUCUUCCUUGUAGGUACUUGAUGUAGAUACUUGUAUAUCUAUUUAAUGAUAUUUUAUGUGUUCUUU